CUGGGUUUCACUGUACUUUGGGAGGUUCAGAACCAGGGAUUUGUGAGUUUUGGGCAUAGCGGGUGAAGUUCUCUUCUCAUUUCGCUGUCCCCAAAUUCAAACUUCUUUCUUCUUUUGAAUUUGCAGCAAGCAGAGUGGAAGAAAGAUAGUGUCUUUUGUCCAUUUAUCACCAAGAUUUUGGACCAAUUUCUCAGUCUUGCGCUUCAAUGGAGAAUCCAAAGAAGAAGAAGAAAACCAGUCAAAAUCCUGAGGCAAAGUUCCAAUUUGAACUCAACUCGUGUUCCAAGACUAAGGACCUGCGAGGUGCCAUAUCCCUCUAUGACAAUGCUGUUUUGAACAACACGCGCCUCAACCAACACCACUUCAAUGCCCUCCUCUACCUCUGCUCCAACUCCGUUGCCGACCCAUCGCUCAAAACCACCGCACUUGAUUACGGUUUUGGCGCCUUCCGCCACAUGUCCGCUCUCGGCGUCGUUCCCAAUGAGGCCUCCGUCACCGCCGUUGCACGCCUCGCUGCGGCCAAGGGUGACGCCGAUUAUGCCUUCGAGUUAGUGAAGGACAUGGGCAAGUACAACAACGCUACCCCGAGGCUGCGAACCUACGAUCCUGCGUUGUUUUGUUUCUGUGAAAUGCUAGACGCAGAUAAGGCCUACGAGGUAGAGGAGCACAUGAAUGGCGUUGGGGUGAGUUUGGAGGAGGCGGAACUCGCCGCGCUUUUGAAGGUGAGUGCGCGGAGUGGUAGAGCGGACAAGGUGUAUGAGUAUUUGCAUAAGCUUAGAAGCUGUGUGAGGUGUGUUAGUGAGUCCACUGCGGUGGUUGUUGAGGAGUGGUUUUGUGGUGCCAAGGCCUCUGAGGUUGGUGAGGUGGAAUUUGAUGUGGGGCGGGUCAAAGAGGGGGUUUUGCGGAAUGGGGGAGGGUGGCAUGGUCAGGGAUGGGUUGGUAAAGGGGAUUGGGCCGUCAGCAGAACGAGUGUUGGUGCUGAUGGACAUUGUUGUUGUUGUGGGGAGCAAUUGGUUUGCGUUGAUAUCGAUGACGCGGAGACGGAGAAGUUUGCAGUGUCUGUUGCUGGCUUGGCCUUGGAACGAGAGGUCAAGGCCAAUUUUAGUGAAUUUCAGGCCUGGCUUGAAAAACAUGACUCUUAUGAAGCUAUAGUGGAUGGAGCAAAUGUUGGGCUCUACAAACAAAAUUUUGCUGAUGGUGGAUUUAGCAUUUCUCAGCUUGAUUGUGUUGUAAAAGAACUUUACAAUCAAAGUGGGAAUAAAUGGCCGCUCGUUGUGCUGCACAACAAGCGCCUAAGAGGGCUGAUGGAAAAUCCUUCCAGCAGGAAAUUGGUGGAGGAGUGGGUGAAUAAUGGUGCACUGUAUACAACUCCUAAUGGGUCCAAUGAUGAUUGGUAUUGGCUCUUUGCAGCUGUAAAACUUAGGUGCUUGCUUGUGACAAAUGAUGAAAUGCGAGAUCACAUAUUUGAACUCAUAGGAAGCAACUUUUUUAACCUGUGGAAAGAAAGACAUCAGGUUCACUACACUUUUAUUAAAGGAAACCUAAAGCUUCAGAUGCCUCCAUCGUAUUCAUUGGUUAUCCAGGAAUCGGAAAAAGGUUAUUGGCAUGUACCGCUAGCACCGGGCACUAGCAGUGAGUCUUUGAUAUGUUGGCUCUGCAUUACCCGGCCAAGUGAUCAUGAUGCUGUCGCUACUGUUUCCAAUGGUGUAAGUAGCUGCUUGGAUUCCCAAGUCGAUGAAAACAAUGCCACUUGCAUCAGUGGUAAAAGAAAAGAGAGGUCUCCUCCUUCAUGAUAAAUCUUUCUAUGGGCUUGCCCUUAGUUU